ACGCGCGUAUCAGUAUGUUCGAAAAGCGGGGACAUCCUUGAGCCAAUGCUGAAGAUGCAGUGGUUCUUAGACUGCAAGGACCUGAUGGCGAGGGCUGCCGAAGCUCUUGACGGCAUUCAGGUGUUUCCGGACAAGUUCAGGAAUGAGUGGAAACACUGGUUGUCACAGUCCAAAAACUGGUGCUUGAGCAGGUCGAUCUGGUGGGGACAUGGUAUACCAGCCUACAAAGUGCAAAUGGUCAACAACAAAAGCAGCUGGGUGGUCGCCAGUUCUGAGUCAGACGCUUACGCGCGUCUGAAAGCAAGUGGCAUCGACUCGACUGAUAUCGUUGUGAUGACGAAAGAACAAGAUGUGCUGGACACGUGGUUCUCAUCCGCCCUAGUUCCUCUGGUUGUCGCUGGCUGGCCUAAAGACUUUCAUCCGAAGGCCAACACCGCCAAUAACCUCUUCCCGUUGAGCCUUAUGGAAACCGGACAUGACAUUCUCGGCUUUUGGGUAGUCAAGAUGGUACUGCUUAGUCUGUCGUUGACCGAUGCGCUGCCGUUUCGACAAAUUGCCCUUCAUGGCUUGGUGCGCGACUCUCGAGGUCAGAAAAUGAGCAAGUCUCGCGGUAAUGUCAUCGACGUUACGGAAAUGAUCGAUGGCUCUGGCACUUCGUCAGAGAUGGUGAUUGGCGCAGACGCCUUGCGCUUUACGCUUCUCAAACAGAAUCUGCAGAGUACGUGCCGUUUGAUGUUCACUUUCUGA